CAAGGACCGAGCAGUCAGUCCUUGAGCACAACUGUUGCGGCAGCAGCGGCGGUGGCAGCAGUGGUGCUGACAUUGGGACAGCGGUGUCAGGACAGCGGUGGCAGCAAGAGCUGCGGGACUGGCAGAGGGCAAGGCACCAUGGCCCUUGCUCUGUGCCUCUUCCUCCCGCUCCUCCUAGCCGUGGCCCUGCCUGCCAGGGCUGCCCAGGCUGCUCCGCUGCAAGUGCGGGGAGCAGAUUUGGAUCACGUCUUGAGUUAUUUGCAAGUGCUGGUGAAUGACACUUUAAAGAUUGUGGAGAAUGCUGGAGCUGAACCUGUUGCUGAAGGAGGUGCAGCUUCCCAACCCAUACCCAGUACUGACCCUCUGGGAGAUGCUGAGGGUGUGUCUGCAGGGAGCACUUUCCCAGGUCCUUUGGUGGAUGUUGCACGCAAGCCCAGCUCCCAUCACAAGGAUGAGAUUGAUGAGAAGGCUUCCCCAUUAGCAUGGCUGAAUAAAGUUCUGAAGCCCUUGGAGUCUCCUGCAGGGAGGAAUUUUCCUGCCCCUUUGCUGAUUGCUCCACGCAAGCCCGGCUCCCUUCGCAGGGGUCCUCCAAGAGGGAAGAACAAAGGCACAGGAAAGAAGAAAUUCCGUGAGCCAAACAACAUCCUGAAACAAACCGUUAUGGAGGUGCACAAAGGGCAUGGGAUGGACAGAGAGGCUCUAUGGAAGGCAGCAUUUCCUCAAGGAAGGGAGGCGAUGCCGGGCACAGUCACAGGAGUGCCCAGUUCCCGAAGGCUGAAGGGGAUUCCAGCACACCAUGGAAAUGGUUCUGAUCUGUGCUCCCUUCUAGACUGGGAUCACGAGUUGGAAAACCUGGUGAAUGGUGGUUUGAAGACCUUACCAGAGGCUGGAGAUAACCCUGUUGCUGAAAGUGAUCUGGCUUCCCAACCCACAUUCAGGAUUGAGCCUCUGGGAGAUGCUGAGGGUGUGUCUGCAGGGAGGACUUUUCCUGCUCCUUUGGUGGAUGUUGCACGCAAGCCCAGCUCCCAUCGCAGGGGUCCUCCAGCGGGAAAGAACAAAGCUAAAGGACACAAGAAAGCCCAGGAACCAUCCAAACGCAUGGGGCAGCUGUUGAGGGAAAUGGAACAGGCAGGACAAGAUAACCCUGUUGCUGAAAGUGAUCUGGCUUCCCAGCCCACGUUCAGGAUUGAGCCUCUGGGAGAUGCUGAGGGUGUGUCUGCAGGGAGGACUUUUCCUGCUCCUUUGGUGGAUGUUGCACGCAAGCCCAGCUCCCAUCGCAGGGGUCCUCCAGCGGGAAAGAACAAAGCUAAAGGACACAAGAAAGCCCAGGAACCAUCCAAACGCAUGGGGCAGCUGUUGAGGGAAAUGGAACAGGCAGGACAAGGGAUGGACAGAGAGGCUUUAUGGAAGGCAUCAUUUCCUGAAGGAAGGGAGGCAAUUCCAGGCAUGGGCACAGUCACAGGAGAUUGGGAUCGUGACAUGGCUUCUCUGGGAGGCCUAGCACAAGACAGUUUGAAAUCCAUGGAAAAUUCUGCAGAUAACCCUGUUGCUGAAAGUGAUCUGGCUUCCCAACCCACAUUCAGGAUUGAGCCUCUGGGAGAUGCUGAGGGUGUGUCUGCAGGGAGGACUUUUCCUGCUCCUUUGGUGGAUGUUGCACGCAAGCCCAGCUCCCAUCGCAGGGGUCCUCCAGCGGGAAAGAACAAAGCUAAAGGACACAAGAAAGCCCAGGAACCAUCCAAACGCAUGGGGCAGCUGUUGAGGGAAAUGGAACAGGCAGGACAAGAUAACCCUGUUGCUGAAAGUGAUCUGGCUUCCCAGCCCACGUUCAGGAUUGAGCCUCUGGGAGAUGCUGAGGGUGUGUCUGCAGGGAGGACUUUUCCUGCUCCUUUGGUGGAUGUUGCACGCAAGCCCAGCUCCCAUCGCAGGGGUCCUCCAGCGGGAAAGAACAAAGCUAAAGGACACAAGAAAGCCCAGGAACCAUCCAAACGCAUGGGGCAGCUGUUGAGGGAAAUGGAACAGGCAGGACAAGGGAUGGACAGAGAGGCUUUAUGGAAGGCAUCAUUUCCUGAAGGAAGGGAGGCAAUUCCAGGCAUGGGCACAGUCACAGGAGAUUGGGAUCGUGACAUGGCUUCUCUGGGAGGCCUAGCACAAGACAGUUUGAAAUCCAUGGAAAAUUCUGCAGAUAACCCUGUUGCUGAAAGUGAUCUGGCUUCCCAACCCACAUUCAGGAUUGAGCCUCUGGGAGAUGCUGAGGGUGUGUCUGCAGGGAGGACUUUUCCUGCUCCUUUGGUGGAUGUUGCACGCAAGCCCAGCUCCCAUCGCAGGGGUCCUCCAGCGGGAAAGAACAAAGCUAAAGGACACAAGAAAGCCCAGGAACCAUCCAAACGCAUGGGGCAGCUGUUGAGGGAAAUGGAACAGGCAGGACAAGAUAACCCUGUUGCUGAAAGUGAUCUGGCUUCCCAGCCCACGUUCAGGAUUGAGCCUCUGGGAGAUGCUGAGGGUGUGUCUGCAGGGAGGACUUUUCCUGCUCCUUUGGUGGAUGUUGCACGCAAGCCCAGCUCCCAUCGCAGGGGUCCUCCAGCGGGAAAGAACAAAGCUAAAGGACACAAGAAAGCCCAGGAACCAUCCAAACGCAUGGGGCAGCUGUUGAGGGAAAUGGAACAGGCAGGACAAGAUAACCCUGUUGCUGAAAGUGAUCUGGCUUCCCAACCCACAUUCAGGAUUGAGCCUCUGGGAGAUGCUGAGGUGAUGGACGAAACAUCUCAGCAGAAGGAGGCACAUCCCGGAGGAAGCAGUGGCUCAGUGCCAACAUCUGCUGCAGGGAGGAAGGCGAUGCCAGGCACGGGCACAGGCACAGGAGAUGCAGCCAGCACCACAGCACCUGUUCCAGAUUCCCAGAAGGGCAUCGGAAGGGGUUGCCGUUGGGAAGCACGCUGUUUGCUGCAGUUAAUGGCAGAUGUGCUUUUUUUUAAUAUUUUCUUCAUGUUGUUCUGUGUUGGAAUCUGGUGCUUCUGGAAGAUAAUACAGAACGCCUCUGCAGCUUCACAAGACCGGCCAAACAGCUCAGUCAGGGAGAACAGGACCUGUCAUCUUGCAUGUCCGUGCCAGUGUCCAUUGUCCCUUCCACAGCUGCAUUACCCACUGAUUGGGGGGGACAUGCUGCCACCACCCAGAACAGGACCCUCUGUCUCCGAGAGUGCUGACCCUGAUGUCUGGCCAGGACUGAAGGUGGGCCCCUCCUGCCAGGGAAGGGCUUGAGCAAAACCUUGGUGCUUCAGCUCUGGUCCCUGGCUGCUACCACCAGCACUGGCAAAGCUGCUUGUCUGGGCACAGCCAGUGCUAGGCAGGCAGCAGCUGGGCAUCAGGCUGCUGAGACCAGCAGCCACUAUGUUUAUUUUUCAUUUUGCAAGAUUUAGGAAUAUUUUUCAUAGAAAAUUCUCCAAAUAUUUCGUCCCUUUCCCACAACAGUUCUAUAUUUUUCAAAGUAGUUUUAGAAUUCAGAAAAACUUAGAACAUUUUUACACUUCUAGAAUAAAAAAUAAAAUUGCA